AUGCAUUCAACAUCCUUUUCAGUAGCCUGUUACAUGUUGGCAGGGGUGGUGGUGGUUUUUUUUCUUUUCUUUUUUUUUUUUAAGUACAAAGUCAGCCAUUUGGCGAGAGCACAUGGUAAAGCACUAAAAGACAAACUGCACAUUUCCCUAGUGUUACUUAGAAACUAUGAAAUAUUACUGCACAAUAUCAACACACGCAGUAUCUAAACACACAAAAGAAGAUCACAAACAAGAGCAGUAUUGUCUUUGAAAAAUGCCACUAUAACAAUAGGCAAAGUUUGAUAUGAUUAUGGGAAUUGCGAGUAGGAUGAAAUAGGCCCUUGUUGUGAAAACCAAGUGGUCCUUUUGUGGAAUGAUGUAAUUGACUGAAACCUUUUCUGGUUGUAGGUUGCAAAAACCUCGUCGAAAGGAAAUCCUGCAAUGGAUUUCUUGGACCCAGAAAGAGUUAAUGGUAAACAGUACCAGUUAUUGAGCAGGGACGACAACAUACUUUGUCCCAAGAGUGUAGAACGAUCACUGCGUGAAAUAAGUAAUUUAGUGGAAUUUACAGGGCCACGAUACUCCCAUGGCACUUAGCAAAUCGUAUACCGACUCGCGAGGUGUCAUGAAACGCGGCGUUUCAGAGAGUGUCCGUGUCCCCAAUACCUCUGUCGUGAAAAAUCAGGACAAAUCGUGGCCCGGACACAUCUUCUGCGGUGUGUCAAGAAAUAUACGAGCUCUGAUUCUUAACGAUAUCAGUUAGCCAAAGCUAUGUCAACUUUCGACAGUGAGGUAGGUAAAAUGGCAUGAAAACUGAAAUUUAGGAAAAAUUAUACUUUACCUAAUAAAAACACAACUAACUACGCAAACUUUCCAAGGUACGCCGAGGUUGUUAAAGAUUUACGCACUUGGCUUAAAGGUUGAAUGAAGGUAACAUAAGGUUGCAACAAUUUUACGCUCAUUCUCUUACGCAAGAUAUGAAAGUUGAGUAACUGUAAGGUUGCCACGUGCACUCUGGUAGCAGGAUCUGUUUUCUUUGUUGUGUUUAGCAUGACCGAAGUAGUUUUCACGCCGCUAACGAUGAGAAUCGUUGGCUUGUUGUUUUUGGAGAUCUUGUAAUUCUGUUCGGGUGACUGGAAGGCAUUGUUAACAUAAAUGGCCCGUCACUUACUCUUGAAAAAUAAUACAGUGUCUUUGUCACAACGAGUUAAACGAAAACAAAUUCAAAACAGAGAGAACAUGCGUGAUAACUAUUUCCUCACUUACGAUGAACGACAGACGGCAUUCUCGAAAAACUAUGGCUACUUAAUUUCAACGGAGUAUUGACUAACUUUCUACAAAUACUACAUUGCUUUUUGAAAUUCCUUCAUCGCUUCCCGGGUAUCGCCUCUGUCAGGAGAAGAAAAAAGAAGAAGACCUGGGGGUUAUACGUUCGAAUGAGGCCUGGAAAUGAAACAAUAGAGCAAAGCAACUGGUCAGCGGGUAUUCGCUUUGCACAUGCUCUUUCAGGUUCCGAUUUGGCGUCCAUUUUGAAAGUGUGGAAUCGGGUCGGCAUUAGAUUCUACCCACCAAAACCACAUCGAUCGAGAGGGACUGAGAUUGACUUUUAGACACCUUGUGACAUGUUAUACCAACGAAAGAUGCCUACGAUGUUUUGACGUAUUCGCCUCCCGGAGAUUCGCCUUUCUUUUGCUUUGGGCUUAAUAAUAUUUGGGAGAUCGCGUUCUCGCCAACAAAGGGUGAAUAUAACGAUUAUAACUGUAUUUUGGCAAAUAUUGUACGUGAAGUUUUAAAAUAUGUUUCAGAUUUCAUGGGUCUACGUGAUACACAUCUAGCACCGAACACUGUCGGUGGUUUUGGUGGAUGUUGAAGUCUACAUCCACCAAAACCACUCAGGGUUUUAAUUUUUUUAGGCGCAUAGUUACGCUUCUGCAAAGUACUGACGGAAUUUUUGAAGACCAUACUCAUUAAGUAUAAUAAUUAUUGACACAAACAAAAUUUUAAUCAUGGUUUUUAUAUAAGUUGUUAUUAUUUACACAUACAAACUAUUUUAUUUUCUUAUUAUUAUUUAUUAUUUUUUUAAUGUGCACUUGUGAGCAGCACACUUACACUUCCAGUGAACAUUUUCACUUGGGAGAAGGAGAAACCAUGCUUGCCCGGGGCAACGAAAAUUUUCGUGCCCUAGGCGAGAGUCGAACUCGCGGCCUUCCAAAUCCCAUCAUCAGUCCCGGGAAACAAACAGGAACAUCAUGGCGGGAAUUUUAAGUUACGAACCCGCGUUCGAUAGGAAAAUUGCUGCGAAUUUUGGAUAUGUUUCUGAAGUUCAAAAGCCAACUGACGAUUGCGUUUUUCGCUGCCGUCAAUCAUCUUAACGGACCUCUUAGGAAACAAGACUUUACUUUAAUGGGUUCAAAAGGUCAAGUUUUGUGAUUUGUGAUUGGUGGAUUUCGAUCCGUUUUGUGUCUUUCUGUGUUUCAAGGUUCGUUGCUUGUGGUCGUAAUUAUGAUUGACGGCAGCGAAAAACGCAAUUGCGAAGGCGGCUUUUGAACUUUAGAGUUCGCAUGUUUGUGAAAAGCGCAGUAAAGCUGUAUUAUGUACAUUCAUAAGUCUCAGAAAUUUAGAAUUUUGGAGGUCAAUAUAUGUAGACUGGAAUGCUAAAAUCCAUGCCGGAAAGAAACUUCCUCUUGCAGGGGGUGGGGGGAGUAUAAAGCUCGCGGUAUUUACACCUAGCUAUAUAUCCUGGUUCCAGAGGUUGUUCCUGAUUUUUCUCCGCGUGAGAAAGAACGAGCACUUACCAGCGAGCUUCGCGAUUCGUUCUCGCCGCUCGUUGCUCGUUUCCAACAUCUUACUAACAUCUCAGUCAUUAUGUAUGAAACUGUAUCCCCUGAUAUAUUUUCUGCACCCCCACGUGAAAUGAACGCAACCUUUCUCGAGCCUUUCUCUUUCUUUCAGCUCCCAGUACAGAAGUGUAGUACACUCUGCUGGUAUAGUAGAAUUCCGACUUCACUAACGCUAGAGCCCUAAUGGUUCAGUGGCUAGAACGUCCGAUCUAGUAUUCGGAUGUCCGGUUGUUCCUGCAUAUCAUCCGUACAUUUUCCGAGAAUCUUCGGUUACGACUUUUAAGUUAUUCAAAAUUUAAUCUCAGUCCCUCUCGAUCGAUGUGGUUUUGGUGGGUAGAAUCUAAUGCCGACCGUGGAAUCGAUCGUUUCGAUCACGCCAACUUGUUUGAUUUCCUUCAGAAGUUUGAGUCCGUAAUUAUGCUUCUCGAUAGCAUCACAGGACAUCUGAGGAUUGUAACACAUUAUCAUCGAACGUUCAACCUUCAGUUGUCGAUAGAUCUUAAGAGGCAACCCUUUCGAUACAGGAGACUCAGUCAAGCAGACUGAGAAUUUGAACACCGAAGUAUACUAAGGACUGUACUACUAAAGCGCUCCAAGACUCAGGAUUUUGCUGGAAAAUUAGAUAGCAAGAAAAGGUAAGCUGUCCUGUUUUCAAACUAUUUAAAUCAUUUUAAGUUUUCAAUGAAAUCAAUGUUUUAUAAAGGAGCUGUGGAACGAAAUUUAUCAAAAUUUAAACAGAUGAAACCGCCACCAUAUUGACUGAAACAUAAAAUAACUACUCACAACAGUUGAAGAAGGUAUAAGCAAGACAACAAACGCAAAAGGAGGCUCAGAUAGACAAACUUGAAGAAGAUUAAAAUGGAUUACAAUUGCUGGUUUGCACUUGACAUCACAGCAGCCAUAUUGGUGGUGUGUUAGGGUAAAGAACAAAAGCAUUUCUCUCCUCCGGGAACUAAACCCUAUUUUCAUGUAAAUUCUUCAAAAAAAAAAAUUCUAUUGUAAUGACCUCCAACACACCACCAAUAUGACCGCCUUGUCACGUGGUUCCAAGCCAAGAAUAGAGGUUUUUGAAAACUUGUUGGCCUAAAGUUCAUUCUUUUUGCCUGUAACUUUGAUGAAAAUGUAAUGCUUCGGGACAAAUUUGUUUACAUGAAACAGUGAUGUUGUUAUUUUCAAGUAAUAUUUCUUCACUUACACUAGGUUCUACUGAGGAUCGCAUAACUGAGUAAAAUCUCGCAUUCUGAUUGGUUAACGAAGCGAGGUAUGUAGUGUGGAAUUGCGAGUUGAAAACGAAGCUAAGCAAUAUUGUUUCCCAUCUACAUGUAGGUAACAACUAUCGUCAAAUUCUAACACAACACAACUGCAAAAAAGGUUUUCUACAAUGUCAUUUUAAAAUGUUUUCAAAACCAUUGUCACCUUUUUGAAGAGUUCAAAACAAACAAAAGCGUUUUUAUAGUGAGCCUGAGGUUCUUCCUUGUUUUGAACUGAACUACAAAUUCUCGAAGAGGCAUAAAAAACCUCUUUCGCUCGCGACAACGAGAAAAGAAGAAAAUCUUGAGAACACGGCCCAGAAAAUGGCAAGCCAAAGUUCAACCAAACAAAACAGAGAAGCGACAACAGAGGAAGUGCAGGGGUCGAUUGUCACAUACAUUGUACAGGAGAAGAAAUAAAUACCUUCAGAGACGACAUGGCCCCUCAGUGAAAACACGAAAUAGAGUACGCUGCUUGCAAUCGUCCUGAAUCGUGAUACUUAGAAAAGUACAAAACAGAGCUGAACUUGAACAGCAUUUCUAAAACAUUUCAAGGUACUUACCAUAUAUCAAUCGCGACGUUAAACUUUAAGUGCUUUUGCUUGGACACUUCAUUUCUUUCAGUUUUGCCGCCAAUGAGGUAAAAGGUGUAUAUUAUUUUCCUUCUCGAGCAAAUGACCAAUUUAAAAAAAGAUGUUAUAGAUAAACGGCUUGUAAAUUCAGUGAAAUACCUCUAUUUAUCCUUAAGAUUAGUGUGAAGCUUGUUUACAUGUAAAAGAGUUUGAAAACAAAUGUGAAAAGAAGCACAAGGUACAAAAAAAGUUGUCGAAGGGUCAAACGUGUAUGACUGACCUUGCUUCCUAUUCGCUAAUGCAAAGACAGUUCUGACAGUUGACUUUGAAAUGGCUUCCUGGAGCGCGCGCUCAGGAUAAAAACAAACAAUAUUAUUGCCGUUUUCUUUUUUUUUCUGAUUUUUAUUUAGUUAUGCGAUUCAAGGAAAAUCCAUUACCUGACGAGGGAAUUCCACAUUAAAUUGCACUUGAAAACCGAUAUCACACUCAUCGCUUCGCGAUUCGUGCAAUAUCGGUUUUUGCGUGCAAUUUAACAUGGAAUUCCGUCGUCAGGUAAUGAAUUUUCCUAUAGAAUAAGGACUUGUAAUUGGCAUUAUGUACAACUAAAACUUUGCUUGUCCAACCUACCAAGAUGAUUUCUUAGUGGGACAUAUGUCCUUUUAAGAGAAAAAAAAAAUGUUCACAGCCCUGUACAGUGUUUUCAAGAAAAUUAGGAUAAAGAUGUAGUAUACACAGUUUGUUCUUAGAAAUCAUACAGUGCAAGCUCAACCUACAGAUUAGUUAGUUAUCUGCUGGCAGAUAGACCUUUGUAUGAAAUUGUCCACCCGAACCUCAUCCUCAUUUCUUUACGUUUCCUCAAUAGAGCGUAAUGCGGGAAAGGUCUAUUAGUGACUAAUCUGUAGGUUGUGUGCACGGAGGGAGGUGGGGGAGGGAAGAUACUUCCCAUACAUUCUCUUAAAUGAAAUAGAAAUGAUGUUCUCACAACUUGCAAAGCAAUCAUCAAGGGUCUUGCCAGCAGUUUUGUGUACUGAUGUUGCGCAUUGCAUCAUAAACAAAAGGUACAAUGUAAACGGUUUUGAGAAGGAACAAAAUCAUGGUGGUUGAAGGCGGGAUUGCUUCUCACUAUUGCAUUUCGUUUAUUUUGGUAAAUUGCAACUUUACUGAUUUUAUGUCGCUUUUCAGACGUAUUGUAUGUUGUGGUCUUUCUUUUUUCUCCUUGUAGAGUUUGGAAUAUGCAACAUAUAGCUUGUGAACAGGCUUUCUGUUUGGGGGAAGGGCAAAAAAGUUGGGAGGAGGGGGAAGGGAAAGGGGGAGAGCCUUAAGACAAACCUUUGAGGCCGCUAUUCCACCCUCUUGUCUAUUAAUUGCUGGUCUUCUGUCAGCAAGAUUGUCAAUUAAUGUAGUCAGUUUUGCAUGUAAAAAGGGGGUCAGGAGGCAACACUUGACUUUUACCUGGUGCCAAAAUGCUGCUUGUUCCAAUGAGUUGUUUGUCUGGUGGUAGAUUAUGUGCUGGAGUGUAAGCUUUGACUGAGCAAAAUUGUGGUUUUCCCUCCCAUUUAAAAGUGAGAGGUCAUGACAUGUAUACUGAUUGUCUGAGGUUAUUGUUGUCAUUGUUUCUGGUCAGUGUGAUUUGCCCUCUGAUGCAACAACAUUAUAUUUUAGCUCUUUUGAAAUGUAUUUUUGUGGCUAAAUAAGGUUAUCAGUGAUGUGCCAGAAGAUGCCAUGUUAAAGAUCAAAAGACCUGUCAGUGUUCUCGCCAAUAGGAGCUUGCAUCAGAAUCUGAUGCACAGUGGGUGCCGCAAAAUAGCAGCCUCAUAGGUUUCUCUACUGGCUCUUCCCCUUCCCCUCUCACGAUUUUUUUAACUUUCCCCAAACAGAGAGCCUGUACUGUGCACAGGCUAUGCAACAUAAUACAUGUAUUACAGCAACAUAUAGCUGAAACAAUCGCCGAAGAGUUAAGAUAUUGAGAAGUGUUUUGCUGCAAACCUAAGGAAAGUUAAGGCUGCUUUAAUGUAAAGAGCUUUCGGCACUGGAUGUAAUUUGUUUAUUGGGCUCAUUUGAAUUUUGACUUUUCAAUUAAGGUGUUUACUGAUUCCAAUAAACGAAGUGAAAUAGAGUACUAAAGUGUGACGUCAUAAAAAUGACAUUUGUGGAAUUAUGGGAUUUGUCAGGAUAUUCUGAAAGAACAAUGUCCAAGAGGCCUACUUGCCAAAAAUGAGCAUUUCGGGGCAAAUUGUCUCUGAGAUCGUAGCCCAGUUAUGUUUAGAAAACUCCAUACAAACCCUUCUAAAUUUUUUUGCGUCGACCCAAAAAAACAUUAAAAGGGUUUGUAUGGAAUUUUCCGAGUAUAACCGGCUAACAUCUCAGAGACAAUUUGCCCCGAAUUGCUCAUUUUUGCAAGUAGGCCUCUCGGACAUUGUUCUUUCAGAAUAUCCUGACAAAUCCCAUAAAAUCAGAAAUUUCAUUUUUAUGACGUCAUCACUUUAGUACUCUAUUAAAUGUUAUCACUGAAUUGUGAAUAUGUACACAAUGUAAGCUCAUAUUAUAAAGCUCUCCUGAAUAGAUUUAAUUCUGAUAAAUCUGGCACUUUCUCAAGUAAUUGUUAUCUCACAACUACUAUUAUAAUAGUAUUCUCUUCACCCGGAAAAAUAAAUGUAUCUAUAAAGUUGACCAAUUCGAUCAAUAGUUCAGCACGCAUUGUUGUUGGUUAAGAAUUUACACAGUAAUGCAGGUAGUGUCGCUUCGAUUUUGCAAGGACAAAUACGAUAUGUGAGAAAAACAAAAAGGCAUGAGCUACAUUUUUUUCAGUUAUUGGAUAUUAUUCUCUUUGCUGGUUCGCUUUUCACCUCUGAACUACCACACAAGGUGACUGCUUUGCAAGUUGCGAAAGUGUUUUUCAGUCCGUAUAGUGUACGAUCCCCACGAAAAUUUAUGGUUUGAAUUUUAAAUUCAACAUUAGCUUUUAAACCCAACUCUUCUAUUUGACCUUGCUCGCUGUGUAUUUUCAACUCGCUUCAUCAAAUUACAGUUACAUAGUAGAACUAUACAAUUUUCAACUCAACGCUGUGAAUAAAACUAUACAUACACUGGACAAAUUUUCCUACAUUGCUACUUUUUAUAAGCUUGAAUGCCUGAGCCAAUACUUUUCUACUUACCGAGUCACAUUUCAAACUUGACCAUGUAUAUUUUCAACAAAACUUAUGAAUUUUUGUUUACACUACAGUGAUCAUUGAUCAAGACAAGGGAGCUCCCCCCCCGCCCCAGAAGCCUUUGUCAGAGUGGGUGGUUCUUUAGUCCAUUGUGCUUUAAGCGCAAGUGUUUGCCUGCGCCUUCUCACAUGUGUAGUGUUCAUUUCAAGUGAUCUGUAAUGAAAUUUUUGAUUGUCUGAUUUGAUCAGAAUCUCUGAUUGCCCGAUCACAAAGACAGUGGCCAUAAAAAACAGUCCAAAGACAGUUAAGCUCAUUCAAAAGGUAUUACUAUUAAGGGAAGAAAUACACACUCCAGUAAAAAGACUCAUAUUAUCUUUAGAAAAACGAUAAGCUAAAGUCUACUAAGUCACAAUGCAAUUAUCUAUAGUUGAUGCACCUCAUUCUUAUAAUUUUGGAUCUGUAAAUCACUAUCUGUGAUAAUUUAAUAUCCUGCAAAGAAAACUACUAAACGAGUUAGGCCCAGAAUGAUACAACAUUGCAGAAAAACAUUACAUUAAAGGACUAGAGAAAAUCGCUUGAAAUAUUCAAAUCUAGAAGGCACUUUAGAGAAAAUUAGAACCCUUAUUCAGCCGUAAUAAAAAGCUUUAUGCUUUAAAAGAGGUCAAAGAAAAUGCUCUUGCGUCAGAGGACAAAUCCUGUCGACAAGAAACAGAAACCACAGUAAAUCAAUAUGUGUUCCAUGACCUCUCAGUGUGAAACAAGUAGCAAAAAUCACAUUUGUUCAGUGAAAUUGUAGAACCUUCCAGAGCAUAAUCUACCCAGCAGGGGAAAAAACUUAUUGGAACGAGCAACAUUUUGGUAGGAGGUAAAAGUCAUUUUAAUAGGCCUACCAACCAACCCCUUUUAUUACUGUGCGCUUGAUAAACAUGCUAUGGCAGAUCCCAUGCCAGCCACGAUAGAAUCAGGUAAAUCCCACUAUUUACAGUAGUGUGAUUUGAAUACCCCACUCGAUACAUGAAUCUGCCAAAAUCACCCAGCAUGCAAAGAAAGUAGAGUCCGAUAGCCCAGGGCUAGUGGAUUUUGCUCUCAGACUAGUGAGUUCUGUUAUUAACUUGUCCGAUGGGCAAGUGAAGUUUUUUGAGGAAUUCAAAUUACAGAAGUACUGUCAAAUCAAUCUGCUCAUCAAAACAUUUUUGGGGCUAGCUGAAAUGAUGUUUGGGCUAGUAAAUGUUAGCUUCAGCUGUAAAAAUGACUUUCUUUGCACCCUGUCACCAUACUGAUAGGAAUCUAAGCAAGUGCAAACUCUGCCGCCAUGUUUGUGCAAUAUGCACGAAGCACGAUGGACUAAAGAGCCACCCACCCGACAAAGGCUUCUAUUGUCUUGACCCAGGGAGGCUCCCUGGUCUUGAUCAAUGAUCACUGAAGUGUGAACGAAAAUUCACAAGUCGUGUUGAAAAUACACAUGGUUGAGUUUGAAAUAUGACUCGGUAAGCGGCAAAAUGCCCUGAGUAUUGGUUUAGGCAUUCAAGCUUGUAAAAAGUAGCGAUGUUGGAUAAUUUGUCUGGUCUAUAGUUUUAUUCAUAGCGCCGAGUUGAAAAUUGCAUGGUUCUACUAUGUAAUUUGAUGAAGCCAGUUGAAAAUACACAGCGAGCGAGGUCAAAUAGAAGAGUUGAGUUUAAAAGCUAAGGGACGCGAGCAUAAAAACGUUUUCUUCUAAAGGAAGAGUGUCAAAUUUUGAAUUCAGCUAUAAAAUUCAAGUACCGAGGUUAGAGAUUUAAAUGAUGCAUUUAAAAUUGAAACCAUGAAUUUUGGCAGGGAUCGUACGCCAUAAGCCUGACUUUGUCUCUACCCCCUGGUGUGCACCAAGUAUGAUUUCUAAGAGGAAUAUCAAACUGUGUUCCAUGCAAUUCUGUAUUUGUCCUUGUUUUCUUGAAAACAAUGCAUAGUGAAACAACUAUUAGAAUUGGUUUUUGUGAUUGGAAUAAUCAAGGUCUCAGUAAGUGUUAUCAGCCUCAGCCUUCGGCUCAGCUGAUGUCAUUUAGUCAAUCCUUUCCCUUGAUUAUUUCUGGGUAUCACAAAACCUCGUCCCACACCAUUUAUUGUUUAAUGUUAAAAAAGUGAACUAAGACUGUGGUGGCACAGCCCCUGUACAUUAAUUUGUAAAUACUCAGUAUCUUACAUUUCAGUGGGUAAUUAAGGCAGUAGUGACAGUUAAAAGUAAUUAAGUGGUGAGAACUUCAUUGAUUCCUGAUUUUCCUUUCAGUACUAGGCAAACAUCUUAGGAGCACUAUGCAAUAUUGUGCAGGUUAGUGACACUGGGGUUGAGGGGUUUGUACCAGAAAAUAGAAGAAAAGUCAAUGUUACUGAGAAUUUGUAAUUACAUGUAACAACAAGUGCUGAAAAGAAAAUAGAAUACCUUAUUAUUUAUUUGAUAAAGUGCUCAACCUCAAGUAACUGCCCACCUCCAAUAACCCUCCACCUUAUAGGCAGAAAAAAAAUGAAUUAUCUCCUAACCUCGAAUAAGUGCCUACCCCAUACCAGCUAGAUUGAAAAAGACUAAGUUCUACUAAAUUAAGAGACCAAGUUUUCUUAGUACAGUAUUUUAAAGAAAUUUUCAAUGAACAGUUAAAAAUCUGCUUUGGAACUCAAACAAAAUUACUCUAUCUCCAGCAAAAUUACUUUUGGUGAGAACUUUGAGAAUUCAUUAAACACCCAGCCCAAAUACAUGUAUUAAAGUGACCAACUUGAAUAAUAACCCACUCACAAGGUGCAAAACUUUAGUGAGCACCCAGGCAAGGCACUUAAUCAAAUAAAUAUGGUAUUUUGUUUUGGGACCUCUUCAUUGGAGUGGUACAUGCAGUCGCGUUUUCCAGUAGGUGUAGUGCUUGAUUUAUAAACACACAAGCUGUUUUAUGAAAACUGCAUUGACAAAAUAGAUUUGCAAUUAUUGAGAAUCUAUUUUAUACCAAUACAGCAUUACAUUUCAUUUCACCCUUCAUUCAUUCGGCUUUGCUUUUUCAAAAACACUGUAUCGCAGCUCCAGGUUUUGUCCAAAUUACCUUUAGUUAAAAUGUUUUGUGCAUUUAAGAUAAUAUUAUUUUGAACUACUGUGCAAAUUAACCUUUUGAAAAAAUAAUGUAUGAAAUAGCUGUACGUAUGAUCUGAAGAUAGUUUAUCUACAGUGUAUAUGUAAACUGUUAGAGCUUUUUACCGAUACAGCAGCCAUAUUGAAUUAAUUCGAUUUAAGGAGUAUUAUAGGAUGUCCUGGGGGCAUGAGAACAUUUUAGUUUGUAUUUUGGAGUGCUUUCAGGACAUUUUUUCGUAAAGUUUUCUUAGAAUAAGAUUGUAAUGGGAAAAAAGAUUCUUGUGUCCUGUUUGGAUGUAAUAAUGAUCACCUUUUUCUAGUUUAGCAUUAGAAAUAUGGUCUUUCACCGUAUAUUUCUGGGGAAAAAGGUGAUCAUGAUUACGUCCAAACAGGGCACAAGGAUCUUUUUUCCCAUAAGAAUCUUAUUCUAAGAAAACUUUAAGAAAAAAAUGUCCCGAAAAGCGCUCCAAAAUACAAGCGAAAUGUGCUCAUGUCCCCUGGGCAUCCUAUAAUACUCCUUAAAUUGAAUUAAUUCAAUAUGGCCACCGUAUUGGUAAAAAGGUCUAUUAGUACCCUUAUUUUAUUCGGCUGUUGAUAGUAAUAAUGUUAUUGAGGACAAUCGCCUGUCUUUUUCCUUCAAUUCCCAAUUUAUUUUUGUGCAUCCUUCACAGCAGGUAUUUCAAUACCAGAAAUUUCAAACCCAUUGAAUAACUUCAAGGACACUUUGGAGGAUUCUUGCUGAUCUCAGCAAGACUGUUCUUUGAAAUGCAGUGCCAACUCAAUCCCAGAAUUAUUUAUGUUUUUUCAGUUAAACCUCCAGGUCUUCAGAAUAGUACCCAGUGCUCCAAAACAAAAGGGGCAACUUUUACACCUUCAUCUUCCACAAGUAGUAUCUUCAUGCCAGAUGAAGAUACUAAGUCUUGUUGACUAUACUUGUUGUUGAUCUCUUGUUCGAUGUCCACCCUUUUGUCACAAGGACAUGCAAUAUCAGUGAUGACUCAAUUUUUGUUCUGUUGGUCCACACACACGAUGUCAAGGCAAUUGUGAUCCAGUUUCAUUUCUGUUUAUAUACAGAAAUCCGAACGAAAUUUGAAAGUCUUAUUAUCCCUAACAUCACAUUAUUAUUAUCAUUAUUAUUGUUGUGGUUGAUGAUGUUAUUAUAAGCAUGGGUAGUAAAGAGGUUCAUACACAUGUACAAAAAUAAACUACCUUAACCACUAUUUUGGGCACUAAUUUGUGGUUAUUGCUCACUUUUUUCAAUGACUGUGCUUUGCAGAUUUUAGUAAAACAGAUGAAGGUGCGAACAGAUGGUUAAGGAGACCCUGUAACAGCUAGAUGCCAGCUCCUUGAUUAAUUCUUCCAAACCCCAGAGUUUAAGGAGAUCCACCUACAAGCCAACCACCCUUUAGUUCACAUGCAUGGCCAUUGUCGUUGAUUAGCAGUGGAGCUAGUUGUCACACCAGUACAUCCUCCUCCACUGCAGCCUCCCUCCCCACAUUCUCCUUUACUGUAAGGAGUGGCAGUGAUGAUGGACAUAGGAUGGAGAAUGGAUGGAUUACUCUCUAGUUGUUGCCAUUGUUUGAUUAAAUUUAAUAUCUUCACUUUGAAUUCUGUUCUAAUUUUUGCAAAACUUUUUUUUAGAAAAAAUUGAAAUGUUUUGAAAUCACUCAUUCUGAAUAUUUAAAUCAACCUUGCAACUGUACAUUGUAUAUUUCUUUGAAUGAAUUGUCAACAUGUUCGAACACUUUUUAGAGUUAGGUUUAUCAACUGACACAACUUUGCACGUUUUCCUGUCAGAAUUAUCAAACUUUGUUCCUGUAUUUGAACUUUAAAAUAAAUGAUGUUACGCGAGUUAAAGCCUGUGUUUUUCCCUCUUGCGUUGGGCAAUUAGUUAAAGUGAAUAAGACUGGGGCGGUGAUAAAAAUGGUAGAGUGGUCGGAACUGUUAAAAUCAUUUUCAGUAUAAUACUGCAACCCCACAAAUAAGUCCCUGAAAUGCAAUGAAGUGCAAUGCUGACCAGGAAACAUAUCGUGAGGUAUCAAUGGAGUGAAAAGGCGGUAUCAGUUUCUUCAAUAUCAUUGCAUGGAAAUUGAAAGUAUCGUCGAAUUUAGUACAAUAAGCGUGUUGCAAUUUUCGCGUAUCAGGGAGUUUUGCCACGAUUUCAACAUCGGUAAUUUCAUGAACCGUGGAAUUCCAGUGGUGUUUGAGUCCCUGGUAUUUCACGUACCAUGGAAUUUCGGGGAAGUGAAAACACUCGAAACUUCACGUAUCGUGGAAUUUCAUCGCAUUCUACGGAAUAGAAUCUUCACGUGUCGUGAACGUUUGGAGUAUAAAUUAGGAUAACACAAUCCGUAGCGUGGAAUUUUAGUGAAAAUGAAAGGCAAAAAUUGUAGCGUUCGUCAACGGCACUCCAUGAUUCUCGGCAAAUCUAGAAAAAUAAGGACGUUUACAGGUCUUGACACGCCGCGUUUCAAUGACGUGUCCGGAUAUCGGAUAUUCCAUGCCGCGGAAAAAGUUCGAUUCAGCAAAAAUACGGGUCCUGAUACUCCAUGUAUACGCUGCGUGUCCGGAACCCGAUACCUCUCCAUACUUCCGUUUUUCUCAAGAAUACGGGUUCGUAUCGACUAAUAUCGGGACCAUGACACAACUCAUUUCACACAGUGGAUGUGAACAGUGCAGGACAGCGUUUUGUCAGACAGAUAAGGUGAUACUGAAAAGUGUGGGAGUUUGA